AAGGACAUCAAUCAUAAGAUGUUGGUGAUACGGUCAGGACCACUUUUGUUUGACAUCAUGCUCCUUAUGUCGGUGCAGUAGCCAAUCUUGGAAGUGAAGCAAGAAUGGCCCGGGAUGGCGCCAUCAGGUCCCCUUUGGUGGUACAACAUGAAUUAGUGAUCGGAACUUGCAGCGACAGCUUUUACUAUCGCUUCUUUUCAAUAAUGCUUUGGAACAAAUAUCAUUAUGCUGCAGCAAGGACGAAAAGGCACGCCAGACGCGACUAUCCAGCUCAGUCACGAAUCUGGCCUACAGGCACACGACGUCUAGAUGUCCAGAGUAGCAGAUACGGGCUUUAGCAGUUCGGAAACCGAUGAUGCUCUUCUAACACCCAUCAUUACCGUACCAAAUCCACAAGCCUCAACGGCCACGACCAGCACUUUGCCGGCGCUGAGCCAACGUUUGCGGCACACCAGCUCGAUUCUUUCGAUCGCUUUAUCUGACGACUACAUAUACGCUGGGACGCAGGCAGGAGAGAUCCUGGUAUACAGUUUAGCAACAUUCGAAAAGAAGGCAGUCGUCGAAGGUCACAAUGGCAGCGUGCUUGCGCUAUGCCUGUCACAGGACAAAACGCAGCUCUUCUCGAGUGCUGGUGAUCGGGUUGUGAACGUCUGGGACACUCGAACGCUGAGGCAUUUACUAUGUCUCUGUUCGGCUUUCGACGUCGGUGACGUUUUCUGCGUCGCCUAUUCGUCUGCCCUCAAGACGGUAUAUUUGGGCGCUCAGAAUACGACCAUCCAAUGGUUUAACCAAGGGGAACACGAGCAUGUGCUCCCGGACAUCACACUCUCUGCUACACCCCGAGGAGCUGAUCGGUUUUUCGACUCUACUGGCCCAGGUGGCUUUCGAACUCCUAGGCAAUCAGAAGUAUUGACUGUGCCUCGACAUGCUCGUGAUGGACAACGGGUAGAGAUCGACAAGGAGAAUGUGCGACAAUUCGCGCAUUACGGCUACGUCUACUGUAUGCUGCUUGCAAAAGAUGGAGUUCCCGAGAAUGCUGGAAAUGAGACACUCAUAACAGGUGGAGGCGACGGCAUGAUCAAGCUCUGGAAACUCGACGAGGAAGAGAGUGGCGCUAUCGUGGACUUCUACACCCUGGAGGACGGUCGAGAGGAGGGCCAUGCUAUCUUGUCUAUCGCACUAGACGGUACCUUUCUCUACGCAGGAAGAACUGGUGGUGAGGUAGACGUAUGGGAUCUGGAGACGCGACAAUUGAUGAGAAAUAUCAAAGCGCACCGAGACGACGUUCUGACCAUCUGCGUCGGCGGCGGUUACAUGUUCAGCGGAGACAUCUAUGGCAAUGUGCGCAGAUUCGAUCGUCAACAUCAAUUGAAGGACAAACUUCAAGCGCACGAAGGACGGAUCCUGGCAUCGGCCUUUGGCCUACACAAGCAAAGACCUGUGUACAUCACAGGAUCAAGCGACAGCAGUCUGGCGGUAUGGGACGUCAGCGACAGCCUGCGAGGCAGUACAACGAUAUCAAAGACCAGCAAUGAGCAGCUGAUCGACGCACUGAGUCGUUUCGUCUCAUAUCGCACCGUGUCCUCCGAUCCUCGUUUCAAGGUCGAUUGUCGUCGAGGCGCUUCAUAUCUGCGCUCAGUCUUCAAGAAUUUUGGCGCGACGACAGAAAUGCUCACAACAGAGGACUCCUGCAAUCCGAUCAUCCUCGCUCGCUUCCGUGGCAACCCUGCCACAGCAGCUAAGCGCAAGAAGAUUUUAUUCUACGGGCAUUACGAUGUCGUUGCGGCUAACACCGAGUCUGGAAAAUGGAUAGUCGACCCUUUUACGAUGCAAGGUAUCGAUGGGUAUCUGUACGGCAGAGGCACAUCUGACAACAAGGGCCCUAUCAUGGCAGCUAUUUUCGCAUGCGCAGAAUUGACUCGGGAACAAGCUCUAGGCUCAGAUAUUACUUUCUUGAUUGAGGGUGAAGAGGAGUGUGGCUCACGUGGCUUCGAGAAAACCGUUAGGGCCAGUAAGGAUAAGAUUGGCGACAUCGAUUGGAUCUUGCUUGCCAACAGCUAUUGGCUCGACGACCGAACCCCUUGCCUGACGUAUGGUCUUCGGGGCGUCAUCCACGCCACUGUGAUGAUUGAAAGCAGUCAUCCGGAUUUGCACAGUGGUGUGGAUGGCAGUUCUCAGCUCGACGAGCCACUCAAAGACCUUGUGCUGCUGCUCGCCACCCUAACCGGCAAGGGCGGAGAAAUUCGCAUUCCUGGGUUUUACGAUCCCAUUCCAGAAGUCACGCCACAGGAGUCCGAAUUGUACGCAGAAAUUACCAGUGCACUAUUGCAGCGCAAUCCUGAUCUAGGCAACCCAGAAACUGUUGCAGCUUCGUUGAUGCGGCGAUGGCGUGAGGCGUCGCUUACUAUUCAUCGCUUCCAGACUUCAGGCCCGGAUAACAACGCUACUAUCAUUCCACGAAUGGCAAAGGUGUCGCUCUCCAUGCGAGUCGUGCCCAAUCAAGAAGCUUCUACGGUCGGCAAAUCUUUGAUCUCAUUCUUGGAGAAGGAAUUUCACAAGUUGGACUCCAGUAACCGCUUGACCGUCACCAUAGACCACCAAGCGGAGCCUUGGCUGGGUGAUCUGACCAAUCAACUAUUCAAGACCCUGGAAGAAGCCAUCAUGGAGGCUUGGGGGUCCUGGGAUCAUACCCACCGUCGCAAUGGAUCUGUGACUACCUUCAGAGAGUCUCUACCAUCCCCGCCCAACGGGUCCUCUACAACGAAGCCAUCCCCGGCCACAUCCUCAAUGCUUGCUAGCGGCAGUGUACCGUCAGACUUGGAGCCUCUGACCCCCGUGGGGGAAGCCUCUCGACGCCUGGAGGCGCUGGCACCGCCCGACCGCAAGGCUGUCAAGGAGCGUAAGAAGCCCUUGUACAUCCGCGAGGGCGGGUCAAUUCCUGCGAUCAGGUUCCUGGAGAAGGAGUUCGAUGCUCCAGCGGCACAUUUCCCCUGUGGUCAAGCCAGUGACUCUGCUCAUCUUGACAACGAGAGGCUGCGGUUGGUCAAUUUGUACAAGAGCAAGGAUAUUUUGAAGAAGGUUUUCCGGGAUUUGCCUCAGAAAUGAUGAUGAGUUGAAUUGCCUGGCCAGGAGCAUGGCUGUAUUCUAGCAAUCUUUGUGUACUUUAACAAUCUUUGCAUGUAGCGGCGCAAAUCAUUCGGCAAACCCUUGUAUCAUGCAAUCUCAAUCCAGCCAACUUUCCACAAAUAUUGACGCCGGUUCUUUGAUUUCACUACAUUCGCAGCAACAAAGCAUGGC